CAACACUCGAACCAAGAAAUCCGUGAUGUCACCAGCGUUCUCGAUUGUCAUUGGUCGAUUGGACCGUUGGAUUGGCUUAAAUUUGCUUUAAACAAUUGAUCGCCAGUGCUCUGGAAGCGGGUUGCUAGCAUGGGCUGUUUCAAGAGUUACGUAAUAUGUGCUUUCGCACUGUUGGUGCCGAUUUUGGCCGAUCAACCAAAAAUUGUCUGCAAUUACGAGACCAAGGCACACCUUAGAGAAGGACAAGGAAAAUUUGAGGUCUCAGAUUUGGAUCCAGCUCUAGAUAUUUGCACCCAUUUGCAAUACGGUUACGCAGCUAUUAAUGAUAACACCUUAAAAUUAGUGCCAUUGAAUGAGCAAUAUGAUGUUAUUAAAGAUAAUUACAGAAAAAUCACAGACUUGAAAUCCAGACAUCCUAAAUUGAAGACACUUCUGUCUGUUGGAGGAAAUGAAGAUACCACUGGUGAAGGGAAUGAGAAGAACCUUAAAUACAGAGAAUUGCUUGAAUCUUCAACUAAAAGAAUCGCGUUUGCAAACUCAGCUUACACAUUGGUCAAAAGCUUUGGUUUUGAUGGCAUCGAUUUGGCUUGGGAGUUCCCCGAAAAUAAACCAAAGAAAGUCCACUCCACCAUUGGAAAACUCUGGAAGUCCUUCAAGAAAACCUUUACAGGAGACAGCAUUUUGGACGAAAAAGCUGCCGAACACAAAGAUCAGUUUGUAGCUCUUGUCAGAGAGCUCAAAAACGCUUUUAAAGCUGAUAACUUCCAGGUUUCAUUGACAGUUUUACCCAAUGUUAACAGCUCUUUAUUCUACGACCCAAGAAACUUAGCUCCAAACUUGGACUUUGUUACAAUCCAAUGUUUUGAUUAUUAUACCCCACAACGUACCCCAGAAAUCGCUGACUACCCUGCACCUUUAUACGAACUCAUUGAUAGAAGACCAGAUGAAAAUUGUGAUGCCCAAGUCAAAUUCUGGAUGCAAAAUGGUUUUCCAGGCAGCAAAAUCCUUUUGGGAAUCCCAACUUAUGGAAGGACAUGGCAUUUGACCAGUGAUGCCAAGGUCGAUUCUGUUCCUCCAGAGGGUCUGGACGGACCCGGAGAAGCCGGACCUUUCACUAAAGAGUCCGGUAUUUUGAGUUACCCCGAGAUUUGUAUGAAGGUUGGAAACCCCCAUGCCGCCAAAUCCAAACCACCAUCCCCCACUGAUUUCAAGAUUAUUCCUGAUGCCACCAAGAAACGAGGAGUCUAUGCUUACCGUCUACCUACCGACAAUCAACAAGGCAUCUGGAUUGGUUACGAAAGUCCGGAAACAGCUUCCAUCAAGGCUGAAUACGUCAAGGCCAAAGGUCUUGGAGGUGUCGCCCUUGACGAUUUGACCUUGGACGAUUUCAAGGGCGUUUGCGGGUACAACAGAUACGCCAUCUUGCAAUCUGUCAGAACCACAUUGCAAUAAUAAUGUUUUUAAGAAUUAGAAUUUUUAGUUGAAUAUACAUUUUUAAGUU